AUGACUGAGGAAGGCAGUCCUAAUUUACAAAAACUUAGGGGUUUCAGGUAUCAAAAAAAAAAUCUGUUAUCAGAUCAUAGUCAAAGUAGUCCCAGUGAUAUUCUCAAUCCUUCUUCAGAACCUGAAACAUGUACUGAAACAGAAUCUCAAGCACCACAAGGAUUCAAGAGAAUAAUCAGGUUGCCAUCUGAUUCUGAUUCUGAAGCUGAGUCACAGGAAAAGCCAAAGCCUCAGAUUGUAGUAGCAAACAACAGUGUGUUCAAUCAAAGGUAUAACGGAUUUAGUCAGAGAGCUAUGAAGAACCCAUCCAUAUUAGAAAAAGAAAAGCAAAUGAAAUUUCUAUUAGAGAUUUUUCCAAAGCUUGAAGCUAUGAAAAUUCAUGACUGUUUAUCAAAACACUCUUUCAACACUGAUGCAGCAGCUGCAGAAUUAUCCAGGACCUAUGAUAAGGAGUCACAAUAUGCUGGUUACAAUGAAUGGAAACAGGACUAUGAUAGGAGGCUGGAUGAGGCCAAACAUUUGGCUUCUAACACUAUUUAUGAACAACAGCAGAGUCUCAAAAGACAGGGUAGUAGUGAUCUAAUGAAGAAAAAAAAGGUUAAAAGAAGAAGGAGGUCAUAUGAUAGUGAUGAUAGCAAUGGUGCACAUUAUAAGGAUAAAAGAGUAUUUGACAGUGAUGAAGAUUCUGAUGUAGAAAUAAGUGAUGAAUUGACAGGUGAUAAAAAAAGAGUGUUUGACUUUUUUGAAAAUGCAACUAUCAAUGAACUUCAGCUCAUGAAUUCUUGUUCCAAAAAAAAGGCUGAAGCCAUUAUAGAAGCCAGACCAUAUGCUGGCUGGGUAGAUUUGGUGAACAAACUUCAAACCAACAAAAACAUGAGCCCCGAUCUGUUGAACGCGGCCCAGCAAGUGUUGGCGACGCGCAAUAACAUCAGGCACUUGAUGAAAAAAUGUACCAAUUUGGCGCAGCAAUUAGAAAGGGCAGUUGCUGCUGGGGCAGGCGUCAAAGAACAACCUCCAAGUUUAUCGUCUUCAUUGAAACUGACCAGUUAUCAAAUGGUCGGGCUCAACUGGUUGGUUGUAUUGUAUUCUCAGGGACUUAACGGUAUACUAGCCGAUGAGAUGGGUCUAGGAAAAACUGUGCAAAUCAUAGCAUUCCUAGCACAUUUAAAAGAAAUCGGAGCAGCGACCAGUACACAUUUAGUUAUAGUGCCUUCUUCAACUCUGGAUAACUGGAAAAAUGAGUUUGCACGGUGGUGUCCAGAAUUGAGAGUGUUCAUGUACUAUGGAAGCAUGGAGGAGAGACGGCAAUAUCGGUUCGAUUUGGCCAAAGGAAUGUUAUCUGACUUUGACGUCAUCCUCACAACGUAUACUACAGUAGGUAACAGUCCGGAAGAGAGGAAGAUGUUUAGGGUGACACGGAUGCACUAUGUAAUAUUCGAUGAAGCACAUAUGCUGAAAAACAUGAACACUCUAAGAUAUGAGAAUUUAAUCAGGAUAAAUGCAAAACAUAGAAUACUACUUACCGGAACGCCGUUACAAAACAACCUAUUGGAAUUGAUGUCUCUGUUGAUAUUCGUUAUGCCUAAAAUAUUUGCAGAGAAAACUGAGGAUUUGAAGAGCCUGUUCCAGAAGAAUUCAAAUUCUAAAAACAAGGAUAAGGACGAUUCGAUCCCGACGUUCGAGAAGGAGCAAGUGGAACAAGCCAAAAGGAUAAUGAAGCCGUUCGUCUUGCGCCGACUGAAGUGCGACGUCCUGCAAGACUUGCCGAAGAAAACCGACUACAUCGUCAGUGUGCCGAUGGUGGUGACGCAAAAAGAGCAGUACGAAAGUCUCGUCGCUUCCUACAAAAAUAUCAAUGAGGAUGGCCAGAAUUCCUAUAGCGGCAUGAGCAUAAUGACGGACCUGAGGAAGCUCAGCAACCACCCGCUGCUGAUGCGGUUUCACUACGACAUGGAGCGAAUGCGAGAGAUAGCCAAAUUGUUGUCCACCGAUCCCGGCUACAAAGAUACUGUCGAACAGUACAUAGUCGACGAUUUGACGUGGAUGUCCGAUUUCGAGAUUCAUACUUUGUCUAAGGAAUUUUGGUGUUUAAAUAAAUUCAGACUUCCCGAUAGUUUAUUGUUGACUUCUGGGAAGUUUACUCAGCUAGAUAAAAUGUUGCCCGAAAUGAAGGCAAAAGGCCAGAGAGUCCUGAUAUUCAGCCAGUACGUCAUCAUGUUGAACAUAGUGGAGGAAUAUUUGAGGAUCAGGAAUCACAAGUACUUGAGACUGGACGGCAGUACUGCGGUUCACGUUAGGCAAGACCUGAUCAACGAGUUCACCGACGACAAGAGCUACUUCAUCUUCCUGCUGUCGACGCGCGCCGGCGGCCUCGGCAUCAACCUCACCUCCGCCGACACCGUCGUCAUCCACGACAUCGACUUCAACCCGUACAACGACAAGCAGGCCGAGGACCGGUGCCACCGCAUGGGCCAGACCAGGCCGGUCACCGUCUACCGGUUCGUCUCGCAGGGGACAAUCGAGGAGGGUAUGCUGGAGAUGAACAAAGAGAAGCUGAAGCUGGAGAGGGAUAUUACGACGGACGAAACUGAUAAUCCAGAUGUGAAGAGCGUGGUACGGUUACUGUCCUCGGCCUUAGGAAUCGAUUCGUCUAAAGCAACAAACCUCGUGUCACCAAAGAAGAAACCUUGA